ACUGCUUUUCGAUCAUUAAUUAAGCGACUUUCAAAAAGAACGUACGUGUCGCGUCCCGUCUUCGUCCAUUCGUUACAAAUAUAGUUUUUCUUUUCCGCACACAGCUCUCUCGUGCAUUGUCGCCGUGUUUACCGUCUUGAAUUUUCUUCACGAAAGAGAAAGGAAAAGGCAAAGUGUGUGAAAAACGGAAUAUGGGAGCAAAAAAGUGUUGAACAAAAGCAGAAGUAGAAAUUCCCGUAUCAGUGUUGCGUGAAUAAACCGCGGUGAGUGCAAUAUCAAAUCAAACGCGGAGCAGAAAGCUGUGUCCUCGAGAAAGGGGAAUUGUGAUUGUGGCAGGAUGCGCGCCGGGGACACGGUGUCGAAGGAAAAAUAAGAUUAUUUCGGUGUCGAGUUUUGGAAGAAAACGAAAGAAACAGGGCGUUCGGUUGAGUGCUGUUGAGAAACGAAAAGUCGUCCCAGUGGGAGAGAGUGAGUGCGAGGAAAAAGAUGGCCUUCUGCUGAAGGCAGAAGUUUACUGCUGUAUUUUUACUGGAUGGUUUGGUUUGAAGCAGUCGAAAUCCCGAAAUUUGAAAGUGCAAACAAGGAAAUCCACUCCCGGGGCAAUCGCAAAACAAAAAAAAAAAAAAAGAGGAACCAAACGGUCAGUGAAAGCUAGUGCAACGUUAGUGCGAAAAUUGAGUGGCCAUAUGUGAGCGGAAAAUAUUCGCUUUUUCCCCCAUUUGAUUCCCGCUGUGGUUCCAACGGCUUGGGGACAUACUGAGACGGUAAAAAUUGAAUACUUUUCGGUUUCGGUAAGCUUCUGUCGCCGAAAAAUAAAUUUUACCAAGUGCUCGAAGAAAAAUUUCUUCCGUAAUAUUUGCAACCUGAGCUUUUGCCGAGCAGUGCGGGAGCGGGACACAGUGUGAACCAGAGGGAAAGAGAGCGCACAGCGCCCGAAAGUAUUCCGUUGCGCGCUUUCGAAAAGCAGUGCGAAAGAGAUAGCACAAACGGGUUCCGUCGGUUUGUUGGCUGUGUGGAAGCGGUCUUCGUUUCAGCGGCGGGCGUCUCUCUUUGUGUGCGUACGUACGUCAAACUUGGAAACGCCACUCGGCGGCGAUUUUGCAUUUGCUAAAAAUGGUGGCACAUUUUUGUUCACUCGCGUUGGGAGGUUGUUCCCUGUGAUUGUGUGUGUGUGAAGCAAAUGUGUGCUUUCGUUUUGCGUUUCUUAUCAGUGGUGUAAUGGUAGUAGUAGUUGUUUGUGAUCUAUAGAUGUGUAUAUAUUGUAACAGGGCAAAAUAAAGUGAUAAUAAUAAUACAUAUUCGAUCGGUAUCCAACAAAAAACGGCAGGUGCAAAAAAGAAAAACAAAACAACGGCAACAGUAAAUUCAACAACAACAACAACAAUCCGAGAGUCCAGCGAAAGCAACCGUCAAUAGUCGGUUUGGAAGCCUCGAAUUCUGAAUGUCAGUGUGAGAUGUAUUGUAACUUCAAAAAUUUCCUCGGAUGCAUUUUCUUUUACUAGUGAGCUUACGACGGAAACCCGUUAUUCUCCUAAACCCAGGAGUAGUGUAUUGAGGUGAAAAGUCAUUCAAAGGUAUUAAAAUCUGACUGUGACUGUAGUUGCGUCGAGAGUGCUACGGUUGUUGUGGCCACCGUCAGCAGCAAAGAUAGCAGCAGCGGUUCGAUUGUUAGGGCUUCUCCGGGGGCUAUGGGAGCCCCGUCCAACGGCACCAAAACGGCACAUGUAAAGGUCGCAACUGGGGGAGGUCAUGCGAACACGCAGACCUCCAGCAAGCGUUCGAGCAGCGGAGCCGAUGGUGACUACCAGCUGGUACAGCACGAGGUGCUGUACUCCCUGUCUGCACAGUACGAGGUGCUGGAGUUCCUCGGCCGCGGAACCUUCGGACAGGUCGUGAAAUGCUGGAAGAAGGGCACCAGCGACAUUGUCGCCAUCAAAAUUCUAAAAAACCACCCGUCGUAUGCACGCCAAGGCCAAAUCGAGGUAUCGAUUCUGUCCCGCCUCAGCCAGGAGAAUGCGGACGAGUUCAACUUUGUCCGGGCACUGGAGUGCUUCCAGCACAAGAACCACACCUGUCUGGUGUUCGAGAUGUUGGAGCAGAACUUGUACGACUUCCUGAAACAGAACAAGUUCUCGCCCCUGCCGCUGAAGUACAUACGGCCGAUCUUGCAGCAGGUUUUAACGGCGUUGCUAAAACUCAAGCAACUCGGGUUGAUACACGCCGAUUUAAAACCCGAGAACAUAAUGUUGGUCGAUCCGGUUAGGCAGCCAUACAGAGUAAAGGUCAUCGACUUCGGCUCGGCAUCGCACGUCAGCAAAACGGUAUGCAACACCUACCUGCAGUCACGAUACUACCGAGCGCCGGAAAUAAUCCUCGGGUUGCCCUUCUGCGAGGCCAUCGACAUGUGGUCGUUGGGGUGUGUGGUGGCGGAGCUGUUCCUCGGGUGGCCACUGUACCCGGGAUCCUCUGAAUAUGAUCAAAUCAGAUACAUAUCUCAAACACAGGGUCUCCCCACCGAGCACAUGCUCAACAGUGCCAGCAAGACGGGCAAGUUCUUCUACCGGGACGUCGAGUCAACCUAUCCGUUCUGGCGCCUGAAGACCCCCGAGGAGCACGAGGCCGAGACCAACAAUAAGAGCAAGGAAGCCCGAAAGUAUAUUUUUAACUGCUUGGACGACAUCGGCCAGGUCAAUGUGCCGACGGAUAUAGAGGGCGGUCAGCUGCUCGCGGAGAAAACAGAUCGGCGGGAGUUCAUCGACCUGCUGAAACGAAUGUUGACCAUCGACCAGGAGAGGCGUAUCACGCCCGGCGAGGCGCUAAAUCAUCCCUUCACGACGUUGGCACAUUUGGUGGAUUACGCACACUGCAACAACGUCAAGGCGUCCGUUCAGAUGAUGGAAGUGUGCCGUCGAACGGACACCAUGAUCCACACUUAUAAUGUAAGCGUUCAACCGACCACGGCAACGUUGGUGACGAAUUUCGUCCCGAACGCCGCCACGGAGAACAUGACCAUCACCUUCAAUAACCAGGUGCAGAGGCUUGUGCGGGAUGGGGGGCGCCCCGCGUACGAUAACCACCUCUAUCAAAUCUACCGCGGGCGGAAUGUGGGUGGCCAGUACAGUAAUGGACGGCCGGAUGCUUUCCAGCAUCAGCUGGUCUCGAGUAUUCUUUGUCCACCCGGGUAUCAAGCGAUGCCUAGUCCCACGAAGCAUGUCGUAGUGGGAGGCGCAGCAAUGCAGCCUUCGCUACAGGUUCCACCCCAGCAAUACGUGAAUGUUCCCGUUCCUGUUUCGAUGGUCGAACCAUCGUCGGGUCAGCGAAUGCUGCUCACGAAUGCCGUUCAACCGAACGUUGCCUGGCCCCAGAGCAGCCGUCAGGUGGCCAUCAUGCCAUCGUGGUCCCAGCAGACCGGAACCCACUCGCUGAUUGUUGACUCGGCACCGUUCCUCAAUGUGGAGGAAAUUUAUCCGAAAGCCCACGUCAACAUCCAGACGAGGCACGAGCCGAAGAAGGAGUCACCGGUACAUCAUAUGGUCGUUUCCCGUCACGACAAAAAAGAGAACAACCAACUCUCGCCGGUGAAGAAGCGGGUCAAGGAGAACACACCGCCCCACCAGCAGCGGUACAACAACCGGAACCACAUGUGCCAGCAGUAUCAUGACGUGGGCGGAUCGGCAUCAUCUUCCUCGUUCUAUCACGGUGGCAGUGGUACUAAUGGCGGCAGCAACCAGUUGCAGUCUCAGCAGCAGCAGCAGCAAUCGCAGCAACACCAACCGCAACACCACCAUCAAUCACAGUCUCAACAGCAGCAGCAGCAGCCGCCACCACAGCAACAGCAGCAAUCACAGCUGCAGCAGGCCAGUAGUAGCGGUAGCGGCGGACACCAUCAUCACCACCACUAUCAGCAGAUGGAACCCAGCCAGAUGAGCAGUGGAUUGAGCGGAUCGAGUAAUGUACAAAUUCACCAUUCGUCGGCAUCAUCAUCCUACGGAGGCAACGGUAGCAGCAUGAUGAUGGGUGGCAGUGGCAGCAUUCACCACGGAUCGAACGGUGGAUACCAUCAUGGAGGAAGCAGCGGACACAUACAUCAUAGUCACAGCCACAGCGGGGGUUUGAGCAAUAGCAAACAGCAGACGAUCACGAUCCACGAUACUCCUUCUCCGACGGCGGUCAUCACGAUUUCGGACAGUGAGGACGAAACACCGGUGGUGAAGCAGCAGCAACAACAAUCCUCCGGCAAUUCGAAGACGCAACAGCAGCAUCAGUCGACUAGUAUGUGUGGUGGUGGAUCAAGCUCUAGCAGCGGUCAACAUCUUCGAGGACAUCCAUCAUCGAACACCAGCUCCUCCUCCUCGAAUCAAUGUCGAGCGAAUAUGGGCAUCGGUACUGGCAAUAAUUUGGGAGGAGGCAGCAGCAGUGGUGGUGGAGGCGGUGGUUGUGGCAUCAAACCGUCAUCGUCAUCGUCCAACAUUCAUCACCUCUCUUCCUCUUCGUCCCUAGCGGCACUGAAUCAAAUACCGCCACCUCCAAGUGGCGGCAGCAGUUCCCAUCAUCAUUCGCAGUAUCAUCUGCAGCAUCCACCACAGCUCCAUCAUCAUCACCAACAGCAACAACAGCAGCAGUCACAACAUCAUACAAGUGUGAUCAGCAGUGCAAGUCAGGCUGGUGGUGGCAGCAGCAGCAUAUGUGGCGGAAGUAGCAGUAACACGGGAACGCUGUCGAACCGGCAGAGAAAGAGCACAGCGGUAGCGUCCACUUCGACUGCUUGUGUCACUGUCGGAGACAGCGAUGGGGAGAACGAUCGGCGCAAUACACCCAAGCACCAAACGAUCAAAUACGAACAACACGUAGGACAGUCGCAGAAGAAACGGCUCCUGGCGAUGGCCCAGAACGAAUGUCUGCUGUCGUCGGCCAACCAGCUGCACAUACCGAAGCAGGAACCGACCGAAUUCGUGACGUACGAGUAUCCGCAGAUCGAUAAACGCUCCUCGUGGGCACCUCCAAGUUCCUCGUCGCACUACGUAACCGGCAGCAGCAGUGGUGGUGGUGGCCACAAGCGGGAAUCCUCCGCCUACAUGCCAUCGUCGUCAUCAUCGUCCACUUCGAUGAAUCAAAACGGCGGCGGUGGCGGUGGGAGUAUGAUGGGAAGCAGUAUGGGUGGUGGUGGAUCGUCAGUCGUGGCAGCGCCUCCUCAUGCGCACGCCAAGAACACGCCCACGGGUGGAAGUGGUGCUGCGUGGGGAGCGCCUGUUUACCGGCAACAUCAGCAAAGCUCCAAUACCCCGCUGGGAAGCUCACCCGGAGCAAUCCUACAGCAGCAGGAUAUCUACGCCCAGGGGGAUAUAUAUCGACGAUCGGCGGUAUUCGUGUCGCAGGCACCGUAUCAAACGUACAACAGGGUAGUGCCACCACCCGCCCACAAUGCUUCUAGUAGACAGGUCCUUCCCACACAUCCCCUUCCGGCGCACAUUCAGUUCCCGACGCAGUACAGCCAGUUUGGGCCACUCAGUCCGGCUCAGAUCGCGAACAAACACUACGCCUGGUUCGGCGAGUAAACGCAACGAAACCAAGAUGUAUCUUUUCCCCCCAGCGGUAUUGGUGUCUUUGCAGCAGAGGUUACCUCGAACUUUCUUCGAUAAAAAAAAUUGUGUUUGCCCCCCAACAGAGAGGUAUCCGAAGUGCAACAAAAUUUUACUCGUAACGUGUGAUGGCGAGGAACUAGCCAGACAGGCAGGCAGGCAGGGGUGGGGUCAAGGCGUGCACUCAUAUACAAUUAGUAGUUGGCAGUGUUUACUUGUUUUAUUUUUUAGAUCUAAUUAGUUUUUUGGCCUUCGAAAUGCUUUGCUCUGUCAGGUGACCAUUUGUUUGAUUUGUCGUAUGGAUUUUUUUUGUUUUUUUUUCAAUCGUUGAAAAACACACAUAUACACAUACACACACACUCGAGAGAAUAAAGAAUUAUAUGUAUAUGGAUAGAAACAACAAUUAAGGGAAACAAUUUAAAUCUAGGCACAUACAACUAUUAGUUUAGAGCAUUUGUUUAACGAGCGUUUAAUGCUGCUACCCCAUUAUAUUAUUACUACACGGUCCCGUAGGCUGUAUGGAAGUCAUUUUAAUCAUCUUUCCCUCCCUUUUGCGCAUCAAUAUUACGAAUACAAGUUUAUUAUUAAAUCUACAAACUCACACAUAUAUGAAGCUGAAAAUAGUGUUAUGCAGGAAGGAUUAAGAAAAAAGUGUGGUGUUUCUGGAGUUUAGAUAGGUGCCAGCUUUUUCUCUGGCAAACAAGAAAUGCUUGCCAGCUAGGAAACAAAAAAGAAGAAUAGAUAUUCUGUGUUUUGUUGGGACAGAGGAAGUUAACAGAAACCUUAUGGAUGGAUAGGAGGAAACCUGGAGACGCGCCAAAUGUGAUUAUUUUUUAUCUAAAGGUUAGAUAUAAUUCAUACAUAAUUGUGUUUAAUGUGUUUUUCCUGGGAGAGAAAAAGCUUGAAAAGUUUUGUACAGAUUUUUGCUACAAAAAGAAAGGAUUCUGAAAAGUAAAGUAUAGAACAAGUUGAGGGAAGGACGAAACGCAUAAUUUGAAUAUGAUAAUGGGGGUCGAAUCGAGCUCUGAGAGAUCUCACUCAAUUAGUUUCACGUUUCAAGUCGAUCACCGAGAAGAAUUUUCGGAAUAGGAGAUAAUUUAGAAAUUUACGUGCAGACCACCAGGUAGACCACACGCUGUCAGAUCCCCAAGACUCUGAAUAAAUCUUUCGUCAAGUCCCAAGCCAGCGUUGUCGUCUUCGAAGGCAUCGAAACUAUUUAGGAAUCCGACAUCCCCCGAAGGCUUUAACAAACAAGAAGGAAAAACUCAAUACUAACUGAAUAAGUGAUUAGCUCGUGUAAAUAUAGCCGUAGUUAUGAUGGGAAGGAGGGAAACCAAGCGAAAAAAAAUACUGAAACAAUAAUAUAUUUUUGUGCAUAUUUUAUAUUUAUAUAUUAUAUAUAUAUCUGUAGACGAACAAAAGAGAAAACAACAACAAGCAAACAGAGGGCGACGAGAGCAAAUAAUAAAACCUACUCACUGUUUUCACAAACAACAAGCGUGGACACUCGCAGCAUAAAAAUGAGGUCGCGCGGCUACGCAGUAACAACAUAUAUAGAUCCAACAUAAAUUGUUGUAAAGAAGUUUUCACUCCGUAACCGACUAAGUAUAUAUAUAUAACUCUGGGCUCUUGAAUGAAAAGGUUUUCCUAGUGAAAACCCCCCACAAAAACCACAAAUAUUGGAACGAGGUUGUGUGAGCUAAUCAGUAGAAUGAUUCUAAGCGAUAGAAAUUUAGGAGAAAAAAAAGCAUACAGACUGCGCGAUUGCCAUCAUGAUUAUAAACAGCAGUAGUUUGAGUGUGCGCACUCUCUGGACGCAGUGCCGCGAGGAGUGUUCUGUUUGUUGCCAAGAUUACAAGUGUUGCCUGGAUUUCAAGAAAUGAUGUCUUAGUUUCUCGUCUAUAAAUUUCUCAGUAGAGCAGGUCUUCUCUGGAGCCUCCAAAUGUGGCGCUGAUUACGCGAAGAUCCUUUAUCGAACGCUUAUGGUAUUCCUACUGGUGUGAUCCGGUAAUACCACAUCGCCAAGUAUUUGGCCGGGAAGAGUCAGAUAGAGAAGGAAAUAGGAUGGGAGGGAAGGGUUUGGCAAUAUGGAUUUUUACCGAAUCUUAUUCGGUUUUUUAUGAUCACAAAACGCCCGUUGCUUUGGGUUCGAUCCUGUGGUUCUUCCUGCUGUUGUCCUUCAAUUAGUUUUUUUUGUUUCUCUUUCCGUCAGUGGAUGUGAUAUUUAGAGGAUAAUACCGGCUUGGUUUUUGUCGGAUUGAGAUAAUCUUUAUUCAGUAAAGUUGAUUCUUUUAUACGCGUUAGUUUCGUAUAUUUCUAUGCGAACGAGGCCUUGUCUCAUGCCAGUAAGGCGUAGCUAAAACAGGGUGAAAACAGUGUUGAAAAAAAUCAUCUUCGCUAAGCUCAAAUGCAUAUAUUUUCGGGCUAGGUUGCAUCGAAAACCUAUAUAUACCAAACGAAAAUCAAAACGACAGAUCCAGACAACCGGUGAAUAUGAGCAAAUGAACUUUUGUUCUUCAAUAUGUUUUGAAGUUCAUUUUUCCACCCAGUGUCAUUUUCAUCUUGAUUAUUCAAGAUUCCAGAACUGAUUUUCAUUUUAGCCAAAUGAAUAUCAGCUGUUGUUUUCCUUUAACACGAGGCAGCUGUGUGCGGUUGGUUUUUAUUUAUGCCGUUGUUACCGUCUCGCCAAACAAAAUCCUGCGCGACUUCUUGCAAAGUUCGUUCCAUCGAACUCUGGCGUUUUUGUUCUCUAAAUAGCCCAGCCUAUUUUUUUUAUUUUUGAAUUUUGACUCAAAAUUAAUGCCAGAACGAAUGUCGUUUCGAAUGUGAUGAAUAUCAAUUUGUUGCUUUUGAUAUUCAAAGUAUAAAUAACAGCGAAGUUAUGAACCCCACUCAAUUCAUUAUAGCAAAUUUGUUCAUGAUAUGAACAAAAUGAACUCGUUUGUUAUUGUCAUCAAUAUAAUGAGGGCAGUGUGUUUCAAGCUGAAAAAGUCAUUUACACUGAAAUAAAAUCAUAUUCGUUACUCGUGAAUAUUUGUUGAUAUUCUAAGACACUGGUGAAAACAAUUGUUUGUCCUAAGCCUAAACGGACGGGCAAACGAGCGAUGUUUAUUUAGGCGCACACAAGCGCAACGUCAAAUUAUGAUUUGUUAUAUGCGCCGUACGAUAGGCGAUCGACUCUGCCUUGAUAUCCUUAUCCUUGCCCCAGUUUAUUGCCAUUCCGUCUAGCGGUCUCAAAACAUCAAGACCGUAGAACAGCAAUUAUUUUUUUUACACCCAUCCCUUCGUUAUUUAUAUGGAGUUUUACAAUAUCAGUAAGUUUGUACGUUUGGCACAAUUCGCGAUUCUUGCGCCUGCGUCAUACACCAUUCCCCAACUUGCCGUCAAGUAUGGAUUGUAGGAUCUCACGCUCGGAGACUCCAAGUACCCGGCAAACGGUUUCGUUCAGCGUCCACGCUUCGUGACCGUUAGUCAAUCUUUGGGACUGAAAAAUUCACUUUCAUUAACCUACCGCAUUUCAAGUUGCACUGGAUUAAUGUCAUUUUUCACGCUCGCUUCUCCUUCGUACACCUUCAUUCAUUUCAUUCUCCCGAUUGAAACGAAAUUUUCAAUCGUCAUUUGCAGACCGAAUCGAAUUAUUCUUUUACUCGUGCAGCUAUGGGGCCAAUUCCAGAAGGUGAGUCGAACGUUUUUACGUUCGUCUAGUUUGUGUCGAUUUUCCAUUUUUCCAUGUCACAUCUAAUUAUAUCAACUAUCGAUACCAGCAUUGUUAUAAAAUCGAAUGAGGAUGGUCAUAAAUUUUCAAAACGUGUAUUUCAUACAGUAUGGUUGAAUAAUUAUUUUAAAAAUAUAACAAAUGUUUCUUUUGUAAAUGUUUGUUGAAAGAAUGAUGGGUGGGCACUUUAUUUUACCGAUGACCGUGAGAACACAUUAAGGGUACUUCUUCUUCUUGAAUGGCGUUAACGUUCCCUGUGGAACUUUUGCCGUCUCAACGUAGGCAUUAACAAGCGUCAUUUAUUAAUACUUGGUCGAGAUUUCUUAAGCCAAAUAACACGCCUUGAAUGUAUUCCGAGGGGCAAGCUCUUGAAUACGCAUGACCACAGUGCAAGUCGAAGGAAAUUUCUUUGACGAAAAAUCCCCCGGCCAGAACGGGAAUCGAACCCGAACACCCGGCAUGAUAAUGUGAGACGCUAACCACUCGGCCACGGGUGCACACACAUUAAGGGUACCAAAUCAUAAAACAGGUCGCGUUUUUAUGAAAUAAAGUUAACGUUAAUAACUAUUUAUGCUGCGAAUGAAUUUUAACGAUUUACAUACCAAUUGCACAGUAAGUAUGAUUGUCGCUAGCGUAUAAAUAUUGCAUCUCCUCUGGGAGAAAAAUCACUUUCCCAUUUGGUGGUCAACAUCGUUUUCCAGGGAGCGAGAAUGAAUUGUCUUUCUUAUUCUGCUCAUUUUGUGUCAUAUUCGUUUCCCCUUGAGAUGUGGGCACGAGCGAAUAUUUCACUCGUUAUGCAUCUGGCAUUACAAUCACCGAGCCGAGUCAUGGCAAUGCAGGUUUGAUGUUUUUAUAAUCUUUUAGAAGCCAAUACUAACAAAAGACUUUCUAGAAGAGUGAUUUAUUAAAUUUCUUUGCAUUCAUAAAUAAUAUCUAAAAUGAUAAACUAGUAAAUCCAAUAAAACGAAUGUGUAGUCCUACGUCAUAAGUGGACGUGUUUGUGGAAAUUGUCGAAGCCCGGUGAAGGCCCCGAUUAUUAGAUUUGGAACAGCUCAACCUAACGGACAGCGAGUACGACAGAAGAAUCCAUUUCAUCGUUUUGAAAGUGUCCUGGAUGAUUUUGGUUAAUUCUUUUUUAGUAAUUUUCGUUAGUCGGCCUGAUUCUGCGAGGCAUAUGAGGUGAGAUGACAAUUGUCACAUCAUCAUCACACAAUUCUCCGCACUCAAUUCCUACAGUCGUAUCGGAUCGUUCGUUCGUUGUUGAAUUAUAGAGGCUUUAAACUCUGAGAGUUUAUUCGCCUCUUGUAUCGGAUUCCAUGAGAGGUUCAUUUUAUGUAUGGGAGAGGAUGAACUGCAUGUGACAAGGCUAAAUUAGAUCAGAGCUGCCACAUUCGCACAUAUGUCUACUAAUUUGCAGACAUUUAACUUUUGUCACAAUGUUUUAUUCCUGCUGCAUCCUCUUCAAAAUAGUGAUUAAACAUUAUUGGUUCCAAAUGAUAAACGAAGCUGGCCAGUUUUGCAUACAAAUAUUUUAGGUUUUCAUCGCAUAUAUUUGAGAAAAAAAAUGGCACCCAGAAUUUUAUUUGUUUCGUUCAGAGAGAUCAGAUAUUUGUUUUGCUACAGUCAGUGCCAAUCCUAUAGAUCUGAUUUUACUCUGUUAGCAUAAACAUUUUCGUUGUGAAUCAGGACAUUCUGCCGAAUUUGCAGCCAUUUGUUUGGUAUUAAAUUUACUCAACAAGCAGAGCGAAACGGUUGAUUGUAUCCUGAAAAAUUUUAGACUUUUGUUGCUGCUAUUCAACGGCUUCUGAAAUGGAUCCGUAGGUCAGUGAUGAUGACUCGCUGUUAGAUAGAUGAAACACAAGAAAUAGAUGUAUUGUAGAAAAAAUAAAUUUAUUUCAUGUAAUAGAAGUAUUUCCGGAUUGCUAUUUCGUCCGAUCGAGGGAUAACAGAUUCACUACCGCUUUCACAAGAAAAUUGGUCACAAGCACUGUGAAAAUUGAAAAUAAAUUGAAUUUUUUGAUACAUACAAUACCAUUACUAUCGAUUCUUUACGACCAUAAACGACGCUUACUAUUUCUCUUUCAUUUUUCAUUGUCACCUAGAAAUCCCAGUUCAUGUGACAAUCGUUACGUAGAUUUGAGAGCGGGAAUACGGUGAGUAUUCAAGUGAGAUUUCUCACGGCAGACGUCUAGUGGAAUCGAAUGACAUACGUGAAAAUUUUGUCAUACCAUCUAACACGCCGCGCAGAAUCAGGCCGAAUACGUUCGAAAAUUUUCUUCAUUCGUAUUCCUGUUUUCGUUCGUAGCCGUUCCAGUUUUCGAAAAUUGUUCUUUAGAAUGAAUCGUCCAAUUUCAGUUUUCGUUCGAAUGCGCUCAAGUUCGAAAAAUAUAAUUCACCCCUAUUUUUAUUUCGAUCGAUUCGAAAUAUUUCGAACGACUUGAUAAAAUUCCAUUCUGUAUUUCGUUCGAGUUGUUUUUGCAUUCCGUUCGAUCUGUUUCUCUUCGAACAUUAAAUGGACAAAACGUUCGAAAUAGGGUAUGCGAAAUUAUAACUCGGACGAAACAACCGCUUCGAACGAAAUGGAAAUCCGUCGGAAUACAGAAUAGGAAUGAAUUGUUGAUAUCGGUUUACAAACACUGAGAAUGUCUUUUUCGAAGCAAGUCGUUCGAAUGAAAGUCAGAUACGGCCGUAAAGUAGAAUAAGGCUGAAUGUGGUCCACUGAUGAGUUUCGAAAAAUUCACGUGCACUCUCUGCCAAGGGGUUUUCUGGCCUGGACCACGACUCCAACUUCGUUUUAAUUUUCAUGACAGAAUCAAAUUUAGAACAGGACCGGAACGACCUUUAUGAAGUCGCUGUAUCAACAACGUCAUUUGUAGUAUGGCGCAGGGAGAUACUGGAUGGAUUGACUGGAGAUGCUACAAAUCACCUGUACUACUUCGAGGAAUGUAAUCACAUAGGGCCCUAUUCCAGAAGACGAGACGAAAGGACAGAAGUCUCUCCAGUCAAUCAAAUAACAUUUUAAUGAAACUCGUGUACUAGGAUAGGAUAUUUUGCUCGUCUCGAUAGUAACUGAAGCUGAGACGAGACGAAUUGCUCGUCUCAUUUUCUGGAAUAGGGCCCAUAGACCUCGUUCGACUAGGCUCAUAUUGAUCAGCAUUCUGAUUCUGUAAUUCGAUCGACUUGGCAAAUCCUAUUCUUUGUUUCGUUCGAGUUUGAGGUUUGAGGCUUGAUAGCCUCUAAUUUGAAGAAUAAAGUGUGUACCGUGGAUGAUACUAUGGAACUUUAUAACGACAUAUAUGGGAACAGAGCCCGAGUUGCGAUAGACUGUAUUUUCGGAAACUUCCAAGGUCCGAAACGAGUGGAUCUCUCGUAGAUCUUCGUAUGUGAGUUGAUUUGUUCGAACGGAUAGCCUUGAAGAAGGCUGAUUACUCUUCCGAAAUGAGGGUUCAGGAAAAAAGAUGGCAGAAAAAUAGUAACUAAUUUCUUCUUCUAUGCUGUUCGGCGGCUGCUGCUACUUCUCUUCUUUUUCUUCUUGAUUUGUUUCCUCCGAUGUUGUCGUCGCGGCGAUCAUUUUAAAAAAGGCGGGCGGCCCGCAUCGUUCUACUAGCGUACAUAAUUGUGGGGUUGUUGUUGCAGGUGUCCUUCGAGAUGCAGGGUUGUCUCUAGAAAUCCCACUCCCACUUGAUUCUGGUACUUCACGUGGAUUUCAAUCGAGAACAUCCUCUGCCUGCAGCGAUCACAUGUCUUCAAAAUCUUGACAUUACUAUCGGAAGAUCUUGCUCCAAAACAUCGUCGUGGAAUGAAGACAGCUUUCGAGCAAAUUGUUUUCCACCGAUUUCACUUCAACACGUUAAACAAAGAUGAAUCAACCGAAAAUUACUGAAGUGCUGAAGUGAAAGGAACAAGUAAAAAGUAAAAGUAUCCGUGCCUGAAGACAUGGACGCGAACUUGACGUAGGGCUGCGAUCAUUUGGAACAAUUGUUUUCGAACUUAUUUUAUUUUCUAAGUGUUCCGGUUUGGCUACAUUUACAAAAUUAUCAACAAUAAGAUUAAAACGACAGAGUCGUGCCUUGAGCACGGGAUAAUUAGAUAACAAUCUGAACAGCAUUCCAAACCACUCUGAUUAUCCCAUUCAACCAAGCCAAGCAAUUGUCCAAUAUCAUUUCCUUUCCAUUGAUUCUGCUAGCUCACAAUAGUUCACAAGAGCACAAAAAGACCGAUGUUUCUUGUUGCAAGAGGCAAGUAUGGACGCAGAUAGACUGAUAUCUCCAUGACUUGAUGAUCGAUCCGUGGACCUAGUUGUCUUAAAGCAACAAACAAAGUUUUUUUAAUUGAGAACUCUGACUUUUGAACUCACGAUCAGUAGUAAGCAGACGCCCAACCAUUUUGGUUAUGAAUAUCCUCAAACAUUAUACAUCCUAAAAAUGUUAAAACAUUUUAGUUCGCUACGCAAAACAAAAAAAAAGUCGACAAUUCAUCUUUCUAGGUGGAGAAGGGAUAAAUUCAAUCGUGGCAUCUCUCGAAAAUUACCCAAAGUCCUUUGUUUUCGACUGCCUAAAAGAAUCAACUGGGUAGGGCACAGUUGAAAAACAUCCGACCAGUUAUUGGUUUCUUCUGCGAUUCCUCGGAAACGGACAGCAUUCUGGAAUUAGGAAUCAGCGCCAACAGAACACCCUCGCGGUCCACAUCCCAGAGUGCGGGCAUCUCUCCUCUUGGAAGGAUCGAAACAAUUUUGGGCAACUAUCUCUAGAGCGUGUUGAACCACACAAUUAAACCUAACUACUUCUAAGCUAAUGAAACCACAACAACAAAAACAAAAUAAAUAAAAUAAAACACUUAAUUCUUGUGAUGUUUGUAGCGAUUUUUUGGUAACAUCUAUCGUGUAGCAGAUACAAUUUUUAAAACUCAACAUUAGUGUGCGUUCGCGAAACAAGAAAAACAAAAGCAAAUCACAAACAUUUGUAAAAAUAUGCGAGAGCGAGCGGAGUCACAAUAACUUAUCCCGUUCGUCGUUUUGUUGUUGUGCGCGCUGUAGUGAACAGAAUAAAAAAACUACAAAGCAACAAACAAUAGAAAUUACUGGUCAAAGCAGAGACACAAAAAAGAAAAAAAAACACGAGAAUACAAAUUGCCUUAUACAGAUAUAAAUUAUGAUAUGGAUAAAUUACUAGUUAUUGAACGAACACAAUUAUAAACAGAAUAUAUUAUAUAAAAAUAUAUGCGUAGAAGCAAGUAUUGUAUGACUGUAAUUAUCAACGCGAGGGCGAUUUUUUGGGUUCAUUCGCUACAAAAAAAACUUUAAAUUAGGUUUGCCAUCUCUAUUUUCAAUCGUGUCCUAAAAGGCGGUUUCUCUAUUAUUCCAGUAGCGCAAGUAAGCUCUUGUUUCUCUAUCAUGAUUUUUUUUAUUGUAUUAGCAUUUGAAGUAUGAUUUUCGACUAAAAGGGGUGAAACGCUUUGUAUCUUUAUUUGGUUGUCAACAUGCGGGGGCUGGUCAAUAUUGUUUUUUUUUGCAAUCAUUUCAAUGUACACAAACAAUACUAUGUUAUAAAACUAUGGAUAAGUUUUGAUUUCAUGCCCAUUUUUCUUUGCCAGCAGGGGUGAUGAUAAAAAAUUACAUUUUUACUACUUUCUCAGCGCUAAUUAGUGAGACGUUAUUUGCAUUGUUUUUAUAAGAUAAUCUAAUCACCAGAAAAAACGGUUAUUUUUCUCAACAGUUAUAUUAACACCACUUUUCACAUGUACACACAGAAAAAAAAUGUGAACAGACACAUACACACACAUACACUAACCAAUUCAAUCAAUUUAGUGAGACUGGAAAUUUCUAUAUAUUAAUAAUAAUUACUAGGUUUUACGUGAAUUACUAUUUUAUACGGUAUACACUGGUAACAAACAAACAAAUGCUAUUACUAUUAUUAUUAUUAUCGGUUGAUCAACAUUUUUACUACAAAAAAAAAGAAACGAUGAAAAAUCAAACAAAAUGCGUGAGAAAGAGAGAUUAUAUAUAGUAGCGAUUAUUGUGUUUCACUUAGGAACUAACCAACAAUUAACUUUCCGUUUCAAAUGCAAACAACAAACAAACAAAUGAAAACAAGCAAACAAACAAACAAAACUUGCAAGUCAGUCAUUUUUAAUAGUGUAUUAGAGCAUAUGAUUAGUGAGUAUCCUUAUUAGUCUUCGUCGACACGUUUGUACCAGGCUUCUCCAUUAUAUUGUUUCUCAGCAGCGACAAUACUUUGCUAAUUUAAACAUAACCCCUCUAUCGUAUAAUAUUACACAUUACGCACGCGGACUGUCCAGGAUAUAGGAACCACAAACAAAACAAAAGAUCAUAAUUAAUUAAUCUAUAUCGAUAUGCUGACUGUAGUGUUAAUGGGCUGUUUUUUUAACCGGGAGGGGACGCGCUGCCACGUUAUGAAGCAGGUCUAAUUUAGGACGAGGGGGGGGGGGGGGUCGAUCCAGGGGAGCAAGCGAGACUGAAGAGGGAUGGGUUAGUGUUUCUUUUUCUUGUGAAAUAUAUGGCUUUUAGUGUUAUAUCCGGUAGUUGGGUUCGUUCGUUCAUUCGGCUGUAUUCAAUCAUCCCGGAGAUAUAUCGCGAGGAAGCAGUGUUGUAUAGUUUCUACUUUUUUUUUCGUUCUAUUUUGCUAAUGCUAUUCGUUAGUACGCUUUCAGUGGGUUACAUUAGUAGAGAGUAGCGUUCGGAUUUGUUCAAACCCUUGGUUCAAUAAUUCACACACUAAUCAAUCGCCGCGGGAAGACCUAACGCCCAAACUAUAUGUUGAUCAUCAUUCACUGUACAUUGUAUUGUAUGUGUUACUACUACUUUCUCCCUUGGUAUGUUUUAAUUUACUAGUAAUUCCUAAUUAUGAAUUAUAUCAAUACAUUUUAUACGAAAACAAAAAUAAUGAUGAAAACAUGGUUUAAAAACAAAAUACUAAACAAAAAACGAAUAAAUUGAAUGUAAAAAGGAGUGCUUUCGA